AUGGUGGUCGUCGUUGUGGCCGAGUUUCUGGGGACCUUCCUCUUUCUCUUCCUCGCCUUUGCUGCUACGCAAACGGCCUUGAAUACGCAAGUGCAAACAGACGUUCCGAGUCAGAAUAGUGAAACCGAGGGCGGGGGAUCGUCUCCAUUGCUUCCAGUCAGCUUUCUCUACAUUGCUGCUGCCUUUGGCACCUCGUUGGCAAUCAACGUCUGGGUGUUUUACCGCGUAUCGGGCGGCAUGUUCAACCCUUCACUUCUCUUGACGAUAUACUUCCUUGCCGCCGAGAAGCACCGCGCAACGUUCCUUGCGCCCAUCGGUAUCGGCAUAUCCGCUUUCAUCGCCCAUCUUGCCGGCACACCAUACACGGGCACCUCGAUCAAUCCCGUCCGAUCCUUCGGACCAGACGUCAUCACAGGUUUUGUGAGAUACCACUGGAUCUUCUGGGUUGCCCCUUGUUUCGGAGCCGUUCUAGCAAUUGGUGUUUACAAGCUGAUGAAAUGUAUGGAUUACGAGGAUGUCAACGGUGGACAGGACGCUGCAGAUACCGAGGCUGCAAGGGGCAACCGGUUGGAUUGA